UAUGGCUAGAAUGCUAUCGAAAAGCGCUGCCCUCCGCGGCGCCAUUCUUCACCACCACUGCGCCUCCUUCCUUUGCCACUUCUCAUCAAAAGCCAAACUGAUUGAAAUCGACCUGGACUCUUCUUCUUCAACUGCAUCCGCCAUUAACAAAAUGGAGGAAAUGUUCCACGCCAUAAUGGUCCACAAGUCCACCCCCGAUUGGCUCCCUUUCCUCCCUGGCUCCUCCUUCUGGUUUCGGGUCGUGACACCUCUGCCUCCCAAAGGUUCCAAGCGAGUUGCCGAUGUUAUUGAGCAAUUGUCCAAUCAACUCACCCGCGAAGAGUCCCUCUCUCUCACCACUGGCCGCGGCUGGCCCUGCCUCUCCUUUUUCAUCCGUGAUGGUGAAUAUGCAGAUGUUGCAAGAAUGGAUGUGAAGGUGGAAUUUCCACAGCAGGCGGAGGGGGAAGUUAAGGUGGAAGUUUUGAUUGACUCAGGCGACAAAUCUUCUUAACACGUGGAUGGCGGUGAUGAUGAUGGUGGACAAUUUCCAUCUCUCUCAACAUACUACCUCUAAGUCUAAACAAAGCCCAAGAGACCUUUCAGGGCACUAACAAACAAUGUGAAUCCAGACAAUGUAUUUGAGGUGCAUGGAAGGGAGUGAUUCAUGGAUAGGGAGUUUUUCUGCUUGCUGUACACAACAGACCUUCAGGAAGCAAUUAGGAAAUCUGUUUGGAAAAGGCAAUUGAGGGUUGGUGAUGCAUGGAUGGACAGUUUUCUAAUUGUCCUGGAGAAGCAAAAAUAAACUUUUCAGCGGGCAAUUAGUAUCCCAAUUUGGUCAAUCCAGUGGAGGCAAUCAAUGGUUGGCUGAAACUUCUGAAAAUACAUCAAUUUGAAAUUUGAUUUUGGUUUUACUUAAUGGAUGGUAGGGUGGUGUUAUUGGUGGUGAUGUUGUGAUAAUUUCUAUAGUACUUUGAUUUUUGGCAAUUGUAUGUGAAAACUCAAUGUAUGCUGAAAGCAGUUAGGUGUCUUGGAGCCGAGGAAAUAGAGUGAAAGUUGUGUGCAUGGUUGAACAAAUGAAGCUCUAGAGCAAUAUUGUGCUUUUGCAGGAGCUGAAAACAUAAUUUAUGAUCUGAACAGCUUGAAAAUCAAAAUUAUGAUUGUUUUUA